AUGACCGAGCCAAAGACUGAGAGCUCGCAGCUCGCCGAUUGUAGUCAUAUUCCGAUCAUCGACCUCUCAACUUUGGAUAGUCCAAAUUUCGAUGAGCGACGGAAGCUUGCUCAAUCGAUCUAUGAUGCUUGCACUCAGGUUGGCUUCUUUUACAUCAAGAACCACGCAAUACCGGAGGACAAGAUUAAUGGCAUACACGGUUCCGCGAAGCGGCUCUUCGAUCUCCCCGAGGAGCAAAAGAUGAAGUUUUAUAUUGGAAACUCCCCCAAAUUCCGCGGCUACAGUCCCCUAGGUGGUGAGAAAUCCACAGGGACAGACGAUGAUCCCAUUGCCGAAGAAGAUGCUGUCAGCGCUCUCUCUGAAGCCUUUGACAUUGGAUACGAAACUGCAAUGGAUCCUCAAAAAUCGACAGAUGACCCUCUUCCCCGUGAUCCCUACGGACUGUAUGGAGAUAAUCAAUGGCCCAGCCAAGAUAUACUUCCAAACUUCACAGAGACCUAUAUUGAAUAUUGUUCCAUGAUGCUCGGGCUCUGCCGAAAGUUGAUGAGAAUAUUUGCCCUCGCAUUGGGCUUGCCCGAAGAACACUUUGAUGCGAUGACUAAGAACCCAGGUGUCACGUCUAGGAUGAUGCAUUACCCGCCUCAGCCAGUGAAGGAAGAGGUUCGUGAAGGACUCGGGGCUCAUACGGACUUUGAAUGCUUCACCAUUCUCUCACAGGGUAGUGUCCCGGGCCUGCAAGUCUUGAGCCACAGUGGUGAGUGGAUACUGGCUCCGCCAUUGCCAGGAAUGUUGGUCGUCAACAUUGCAGAUUGCCUGUCAAUUUGGACGAAUAAAAAGUUCAAGUCGACUAUUCAUCGGGUGACAAACUUGACUGGACAAGAACGUUAUUCGAUUCCCUUCUUCUUUGGAGUCGACUAUGAUACAACAGUGUCAGUUCUACCGAAUCAUAUUUCGGAUGAUCGGCCUGCAUGUAAAGAGCCCUUCAAAGCAGGCGAGUGGGUUCGCGAAAAGCUAUCAAAGGCGUAUGUUGGCUAUGAAGGCUAG